AUGGCCAUACAGAGCUCAGCAGGAAAACAGAAUCCACAAAAACUUGGUCGGAUACCCGUGUAUCACCUCGGAGGUUUAGUGAAUCUAGUCCGAAAUCAUCCAGAUAUCGGUUACAUCAGCAUGAACAGGGAGCACAUGGAUCUAGUAAAUGAUUAUGAUCCCUACAGAUUCACAAUUUGUAGUUACAAUAGCAUCAACAAAGAAAACUAUGCAACUGUCAGCUCCAAUGGAGUUAUUGAAUUUUACAAGGGAGAUGCAGAUUUUUUACCCCUCGACAGGCUUGAAGUGGAGCGGAAACUUUUCAUUGCACUCAAAGAGAUACCAUCGUUUGCCACUUUCCGUCUUUGGAAGGCUUUCAUUAUAUGGCUCAAGAAAAACAGAAUGAAAAGAUUCAUCGAAGCUAGAGACAAACUGGAAAUGUUUUUUGCUACUAAGUACAGCCAGAAAGCAGAAACGCCAUUUUAA